CGCUUCCGGUUCCGGCAGCAGCUGUCUGGGCUCAGCCCGCGGUGCCCGCAAUGGCAGGGAGCAGACUGGAAACCGUGGGGAGCAUUUUCACGCGGACUCGAGAUCUGAUUCGGGCUGGAGUGUUGAAGGAGAAGCCCCUCUGGUUUGACAUAUAUAAUGCCUUUCCCCCAUUGAGGGAGCCGGUCUUCCGAAGACCUCGAUUGCGAUAUGGCAAAGCCAAAGCUCACAUUCGAGACAUCUUGUACCAGGAGGAUCGGAUUAGAGCGAAAUUUUAUGCAACCUAUGGAUCUGGUCAAAAAGCUUUUGAUCUGCUCAAUCCAAAUUUCAAGUCUACUUGUCAACGGUUUGUGGAGAAGUACACUGAGCUACAGAAACUUGGGGAAACAGAUGAAGAGAAGUUAUUUGUGGAAACGGGGAAGGCUUUGUUGGCAGAAGGUGUCAUUUUAAGACGAGUAGGAGGAACAAAGACGCAACAGGAAGGUAGUCACAUUUCCUGGAAGUCUGAAAAGAUGGCUGUCAAACCCCAAACUGUGUUGGAAAAACACCAGCCUCUGAAAGAGGUUCCACAGGACCAGCAUUUGGAGACACCUGCAGAACAGUCAAAAGGUCACUCACCUCCCUGAAGGACUCGUGUACCAUGUAUGCUGACAUCCAAGCUGUAUUCGCUAGAUGAACGUGGAACUGUUUUUACCAGUUGAACUGUGUAAAUGUUUCUUGAUCUCUAAGGCAUUAUAUUUGCUUUUUUUUUGUUCCUGUUUCUAAGUUGUCAUAAAACUCAGUAUCAUGGCUUGGAAGAAGCAGCCAUGUGAACUUUUAUAUUAGAAUGGUAUUAAAUAAAGAAUUCCCUAGCUGCUU